CAAAUCUGUUCAUAGCAGUAACGUAGCGGAUGUUUGACGGUGGACGGGUCGCUGGUACCCGACUGAUGGACCGACGGAGGACCGGUUCGGUUCUACUCGGCUCGAAGCCUCGAUGUCUGAGUGGAUAAUGAGAGAGCUGGAGCAGAGAGUAACUUCCACUGUUUCUCAUGGAAGUCUUUUUUUAUAUCUAAGUAGCUGUUUCGGCUCCUGCGCGUAGUUUUCCUUGCGGAGGUCGGUGACAGUCAGCCGUCCAGCUCUGGGAGGUGAGCUGUAAGCUGUUCGUGUAGCACAGGAGCCGUCCAGGUGCUCAGUCAGUCCCGUCACAUGUCCUCUGCAGCUCCGAGAAGAACCAGCGUGCCGAACCGUGUUUGCGAGCAUUUCAUUUUGCUCUCCUUCCAACAUGAGCUCCAGCUUCAGUCCAGCACGGGAGUCCAUCCCGAACUCUGUCCACCAUGUCUCUGUCUGUUCGCCCAGUCAGACGCCUCACCUCCAGAUCCAUCACUAGGAGCCAGAGCUUCGCUGGAGUCAACACCUACGACAAACAGUACAGGAGCCUCUCAGUGUUCCCCACUCCAGGUCUCAGCAGGAAGCCCAGCAGGGCCAGCAGGAUGUUUACUAUGUCCACAAAGUCCAACCCACCACCCAAAGUUCCUCAACCAGAGCGACUGAAUGAAGUCUACGAGGCGCUGAAGAACGGCCUUCAGUCUUACCUUCAGGUUCAUCAGACUGAUUUGGACAGCCUCAGUAGACAGAUGAAAGAGUCAAAGAGGAACUCCAGACUGGGUUUCCUGUAUGAAGUGGACAAGCAAGUGAAGGUAACUGAGAGGUACAUAAGACGACUGGAGUUUCAUCUCAGCAAGAUUGAGGAGCUAUAUGAAGCCUACUGUCUGCAGAGGAGACUCAGGGAUGGAGCCAACAAGAUGGUAAAGGCAUAUACAGCCUCUCCAGGAAGUAAGGAGGCCAGGGAGAGUUUAGCAGAGGCCAAUAAAGGAUACAAAGAGUACACAGAGAACAUGUGUGUCUUGGAGAGUGAGCUGGAGAAUCAACUUGGAGAGUUCCACAUUAAGAUGAAAGGUCUGGCUGGAUUUGCUAGAUUGUGUGCUGGUGACCAGUAUGAGAUCUUUAUGAAGUAUGGUCGACAGCGGUGGAAACUCCGGGGGAGAAUGGAGCUCAAUGCCAAACAAGUGUGGGACAGUGAAGAGAUGGUGUUUUUGCCACUCAUUAAUGACUUCCUGUCUGUGAAGGUGACAGAGGUGAAGAGCUUAGCCAAUCACGUGGUUGUUGGAAGUGUUUCCUGUGAAACUAAGGACCUGUUUGCUGCACUACCCCAGACAGUUGCUGUGGAUAUUAAUGACCUUGGGACUAUUAAGCUAAGCCUUGAGGUCACCUGGAAUCCAUUUGAUAAAGAUGACCAAGGGUCUGUUUCAAGCACUGUCAACAAAGUACCGUCUGUCAGUAAGAGAUUUUCAACAAUCUUCAACCAGAGUCCACCAGACACACCGUCUUUACGUGAACAAGCCUUCUAUAACAUGCUACGGCACCGUGAAGAGCUGGAGAAUGGAACAGCCUGGUCGAAUUCAUCUGAAUCUUCUGAUGACUCCUCCAGUCCACAGCUAUCUGUACAAGGGCUACGCAACUCUAAACACCAAAAGGCAAUGUUGGUGACACCUGAAAACCCCCCAGGUGUCACAAGAAUUAUCUCCCCACAGCCUGACAUUUCAUUUUGCCCAAGAUACUCCUUUUCUUCAUCACCAAACUCCAAUCACAAGGUCACCACCGUCACUGAAGUUCCCAGCACAGCAAAACACCAAGAAGAGAGCAGCAGGGACCAGGAAAAGGGGACGAUCACUGUGAUAUCAGAACCUGACACUGAGAAAGAGGCUGCUAGGAAACAGUCUCCCAUAGCAACAGCGGAUGCGGUGACCAGCAGCCUUACCUCACACCCUUACUCACGCUCUCUGAGCCAUAUUAGUGAAAGCAGCGCUGAUGGUGUUGUGUUGACAGACAAGUCAGCUGAUGAAUCAGGAGAGGUGAUGUCUCCGGCCUCUGGCAUCUCCAUCAGUGACAUUGAAAUGGAAAUGCCCAGCAGAACUCCUGAGCCACCCUGCUCUGCUGCCACAGACACUGACAUGUCACCCAGGAGGCCCUGUGUCUUAGAAGGAAACACAACUGAUGAUGUCACAGAUCAACAACUAAUCAGAAAGAAAAAGGAUGCAUCUACCUCUGUCCUUACGCUCUCCUCUCCCAGCACUGAAGGAGAGGAUCGUGACACUCUGGAACAAAUGAACACACUUCACCUCCUAGACAGCGGGGAGGGGACAUAUAUAGCCAGGCGAGUGCCAGUGGAAGAGGAUGUGCUGGGUGCAGGAGCAGAUUGUCUGUUCAGAAAGGGUGAUAGUCUGGUGGACAAUCAGCUGGAGGAUGCCCUGGGAACUGUAGUUUCCUCUCUGGAUGAUUAUAGAGGACAAUUCCCUGAGUUACAGCUACUGGAACAAGAGCUGAAGCUGCUGCAGGUUACACUGAAGGGUGGCAGGCACAGCCGUUCACCCAGCGUGGCCAGCCUCACCGUGGAAACAGCUCUGGGCAGCUUUGAUUUCCUCAACACAUCCGAAUGGGAGGAUGAGGAGGAGGAGAAGAGUGACAAGAGGAAUCGAAAUGUCAGAUCUCUGCAGGACAGAGGUUUGGACAGCCCUGCCCUCCCCGCCUCCCCCCUCACUACAGGUUGCCCCAUGCUAGACUGCUGCCUGGUGGCCCACCUGAACAACUGCAGUGCACAGCUGUUGCGUCUGGGCAUGUUUGGUCCUCUGCGGUGUGGAGAGAUGUAUGCCUUAGACAGAUUACUGAGAGAGGCUCGUGUCCUUGAAAUCAUGCGACGUAUCACCAAGGACAACCCACAAUGCCUCAAACAGCCUGCUGAAGUGAUACCACAGCUAGGCCAGUGUCCGAGUGCUGUGUCACUAUGGCAACUGUGUGUGGGGCAUGGCAGCAUAUACAGUGUCCCUGCUGACAGUUUCCUGGCCACACUGUCUACAGUCUACUCCAGCAUACUGCCUGAGAGGGCGGACACAGUGUUCUUUUCCCUGGUUGAGCGUGUCCUGGACCAGAGGUUACCAAGGAGAGGCAACAACAGAGACAGAGUGAUGGUGACAUUGUUCCAGCUAUGGAGUUACCUUGAGUCCAAUGGCAUUAAUGACAUGGAAACACACAUCACCGAGCUGGCAGAAGAGGUGUGGUUGGUGCAGAGCCUGGCAUCAUAUGAUCAGGAUGUGAUCGUCCACGCUCUGCGCCGUCCUGCAGAGUGCAGCCUGAAGAGAGAAGGUCUCCACGCCGUGGCCAAAUUACUGAAAGACCCUCGGGGCAAAGUGUUAGCCUCUGCAAGCUCUGUACUGAGAAGCCUGGUUGCUCAGCCCAGACAGAGAGAACAGGCUUUGGUCAGCUGUCUGGAGCUGCUGGAAGAUGAGAAUGUGGACACCAGAGUCUGUGGCUGCAAGGCCUUAGCUUGUCUCAAGGCCAAAGAAAGCAUUGAUCAGUUAGUGUAUCUUUGCCGGACAGACAAGGAGGAAGUCCGAGAGGCUGCCAAACAAACACUGCUUGUGCUAGGGGAGGAAGGGAAGAUGGCCUACAGACACGUGGAGACGUCUCAGGACAGCCUACCGAGACUCUUUGCUCCAGGAAGCAUGGCCAGCACAGCUUUCUAACACUGCACACACAGACACGUCUACACUGGAUGGAAACAAAACACUGUUUGAAUACCCCAUUGCUACAACUAAAAUAUUUAAAAUUAAUAAGCUCCAAACACAGAAUUUUAUUAAAUGUGUGUUAAAUACUGUUCAGAACAACAAUAGAUUGUAAAGCCGUUCAGAAGAAUGUACCGUGUCCCAAUACAGUACACAGAUACAUCGCUCUGAAAGAAGGCAAGUCGCAUUGUUAAAUCAUUUACAUUUCCAUAGACUACUAAGGGUGAAAAUUUGACAAAAUAUAGUUUCUUAUAUUUUUAAUUUCAAAGUAUAUUUCAUUUGAAUCUCUUGUGAAUUGUAGUUUUGACUGGCUACAUGAUGAACCAGAAGACAUGUAUAAAGUAAAUAUUAUAUUUUCCACAGUUUUUCCACUUCCAUUACAUAAAGUACUUUUCUCGAAAGACUAUGCUGUCACUAGUUCAGACACAAAGGCUGUUUAAACAGUCCUGCUCCAAAUGGACAGCCUGUUCUGUGAGUUGACAUGGAUGAAAACUGAGCAUUAAUAACAACUACUGGCCUUACUCUUGCAGUUCUGCUUCUACUAUCACUAUAUACUCAACUGCAGCUUGUUUAUUUAAACUUUUUGCCAUGUAACUGUGGUUACCUGUAUGCUGUAUUUGAACCUAGGCUGUAGUUAAGUCCACUGUAGACAGUUUUGAGACAGCUAAGUCCAUUGAUAUCAAAGCAAGACUAAACCUCAAAAAAUGAAACGGUAACCAUUCCGUACUUUUUAAGCCGGUAUUUAUAAAUCUGCCUUAAUGUUACAUUCACUUGCUCAUCAUUAUAUGUAAUAACCACUCUUAGAAACAAAUCCAUAUUGAAAUAUUCUUGCACAUUGCUCCUAUUUAAUUAUAAAAGUGUCAUGUCUGGCUGCACUUGCAUGCACUUACCUACAUGUCUAAAAUGAGGAUGCUUGGUUGUUGGCAAAGAUAUAUUUUGGAAAAUUAGCACUUGUCAAUGGCCAUUUAAAAUGUAGUGUCCCUAACAAGAGGUGACAGUUGACUGACUCUCUGUGGCUCUGCUGUGGGGCAAGAAUAGUUUAAAGUAUGGGUCAAGCACCCGACUUUGAGAGAUAACCAAAAACAUGUUUAAACUAAAGGUUGACUCUAUAGCUUUGACUUGCAACACUGUUGCAGAGCAUUUAAGAGCAGCUGACUAAGAUAUGUAGAGGAAGUCAUCAAGCCCACAGUGCAGUGGUGCAUGGAAACUGACUUAUCUUUCUUCAUGUGUAUUUCUUUUUUUAAUUGCUGGAACAGCUAGAAGAUUUUUAGGACUGUGAACUUGCUAGGAGGCCAAAGAACAGAAAAAAAUGGUGUACUAUGCAUUGUUAGGUCAGUAUAAGCCUUCAGUGCACAGCAAAUGCCACUUGUUCCAGCAUUAACAAAGAAAUGCAGAAAAUGCAUGAACAAAUUUGGAGUUUGAAAGAUUAUUUUUUUUUACUGUAAAUCUGUACUUGUUCACACUGAGCUGAACUCUGUGAGUCACAUGACUGUGUGAGAGGCAAACCAUAGGAAGCGAAGCGGGGAAAGUUGUUUUCAUUCUGCUGGUUAAUGUAAUGGGAAGAGAUAGGUUCGAUCUGUCAGAGGAGCUGGAGUACUUCAGCUAAUAGUUUUUUAAAAGAAUGUGUAAGAGGUGAGCAGGUAAGGCUUCACUGUGCUGCUCAGGAUGAUGUAUAGCAGCUGGUACAGAAAGGCAACCAUGGAUACUGUAGACCCAACAGCUCAAACAGCUGCAGUCCACAGCCAAUAGAAUAUGACAUACCUACAGGUAUAAUGAAAAAACAUGCUUUUCUUUUUACCCCCAUCUGCAACAGAUCUGCUACUUGUUAAAUGACUGUAAAAUGUUGUCUAAAUCAGGCCUUUACAUUUGAUGUUGUCAAUGUUUUGGCCACCUUAAAAAAAAAAGAAAUAUAUACCACACUAGUUUGAGUUUUUUGACAACUUAAGUUGUUUCUGUAUAGAGAACGAUUUAAGCAAUUCAGUGCCAUUACUCUUUAUGGUUCUAAUUUGUAUCUUAUUUUUAUGGAAAUAUAUGUAACUAUUUUCAGUAUUCUGUGAUUUUAAACAAUAUCAAUUGAGCAGAGUCUUAAUUCGUCAGUCUAUAUUUUGUUUUAUGUAUCAUCUGCUGUAAAUGGGUUCAGUUUUGUGUGGAGUCACUGCAUAUUUGCAUUGCUGUGACAGAUUCUGCAGAGGAUUGUGUGGUGAUAAACUAGUCAAUCCACGUCUGACAUCACUUCAAUAUAAAUUCACGAAAAAAGAA